AUGCUUAAUGAGGAAGUGCUUCAAUGUAUUCCAGAGAUGAUUACUGCUGAACAAAAUGAGACAUUACAAUCACUACCUACCAUAGAAGAACUGAAGAAAGUUGUCCUCUCUAUGAGUCCUAAUUCUGCUGCAGGGUUUCAUAUGGAGAGAAAUGGUCCCCAAAUUAACCAUCUUAGCUUUGCAGAAAACAUCAUUAUCUUUACCUUCACUUGCAAGUACUCUUUGAAGCUCAUUAUCACUACAUUGCAGGUUUAUGAGAACACUUCAGGGCAACUUGUUAACAAGGACAAGAGUCAAUUAUUGAUCCCUGCUAACACUGCUAAUGAAAUUAUUGACAGAGUUGGCACCAUCACUGGAUUCAAAUGUACCAAUGGUCCUAUCACUUAUCUGGGAUGUCCUUUUUAUAUUGGAAGACAAAGAAUCAAUUAUUUUACUAGCAUGAUUGCUAAAGUACUAAACGGGAUCAGGGGUUGGCAAACUAAAAUGCUCAGUUUUGGGGGAAGAGUCACUUUGGUUAAAUCUGUCUUACAAUCUCUCCCUAUUCAUUUGUUGUCUGCAAUCACUCCUACUACCACUACUAUGAAGCAGAUUAAGAGACUCAUUUUUGCAUUUUUCUGGGAUUGGGAGAAGGAUAAAAAGAAAUAUCAUUGGGCCUCUUAG